UUAAAAGGGAGAGCGAGAGCUAUCGCUCAUUCUAGAUCUUCAGCCUCUCUUUCGGUGUGAAGUUUCUGGUAAGCGAGCAAGCAGUGGUUGUCAGUGUCGGAGACAUCAAUAAAUAGAGAUACGGCAUGCACGACGCAGUAGCUCAGUUUGCUGUCCAUCAUUCCCUCCGGGAAGGAGAUGUGAAUAUGGGAGGAGGAGGCGGUGGAGGUGACGAAGAGGUCUGUGCGGCCAAUGAUCCAAAUCUGUACAUCAAAAUCAUGGGCACUAUCAUCUUCGUUGUUGUCUGGCCAUUCAUCGUCUUGGACAUGAAGUGGUUCCCUCUGGGUCGGCCUGCAGCUGCUCUUCUCGGUGGUGUUCUCAUGGUAGUCUUCAACAUUGUCAGUCAGGCCGAGGUGUACGAGAUUGAAGGUGAGAAAGGAAACCUGCAGACUAUGUUCCUCUUGGUGGGUAUGAUGAUACUGUCCUACUACUUCGACCGAGAGGGACUCCUGAGGCUUGUCUCGCUCUGGAUUUUUGGUCAUGGCAACAAGCCGUUCCAUGCUAUCUUGUGGAAAGUCUGCAUUCUCUCUGCUGCCUUGUCUGCUUUUGUCACCAAUGAUGCAACAUGCCUUGUUGUCACUCCUCUGCUCCUGUCUGCAUUCUGCAAGCAAGGUCGCAACCGAAAGGAACUUCUGCCACUCUGCUUAGGAAUCGCCACCUCAGCAAACAUUGGCAGUGCUGCUACUGUUUUUGGAAACCCACAGAAUGCUUUCAUUGCAUCGGCUGCUGGCGUUGCUCUUAUCGACUUCUUCAUUGCUGAGCUCCCAGCUGCUCUCAUUGGUACCGCUGUGAGUAUUGGCCUCCUGUAUAUCUUCUUCUUUAGGAUCAUCUUUAAGAAAGGCCGCUAUGCAGAGGAAGAAGACGGGACCGAGUCCAUACGUGAUCGCAACACUGGAUACCGUAUCCCUGGAGACCUGGCCGAAGAGAGGGCAAGCGUUGCUCUCAGCUACGAUCAAAGUGGAAAUCCUACCACCAGUCAACUGGCCAAGGAAAGGGAGCUCAUGUACAGCACUGAGAAAAUCAGUGGAUCAUCAUCCUUCCAUCAAAUGCCAAAAGAUCAGCACGUACCUCGCUCUGCCUCCAACCCUGUCCUGAAAGGAGGUGCUCCGGCAAUCAAAGUGGAGAAUGUAGACAAGCAAAAUGGAGUUGAUAUGGUUGAGCCAGCAGCUGAAGACAAUACUGGUGGUGGUGACUAUGAAGUUGAUAUUCGCCCACUUAAGGACCGCUCCAUUCGUGACAAGAUCUUUAUCCUCUGGCUAUUAUUCAUAUCUGUUCUCCUGGUUGUUCUCUUAGCUAUUCCUCCUCCUCCCACUGUUAACAGUGAGUUCAAUCUUGGCUGCAUCCCCAUUGCUUCUGCCGUACUCACUAUGUUAGCCGAUACGAUCAUUAACAAGAGAUAUGCAUACGAAUCAAUGUUGAAGAUUGAUUGGACUGUCAUCCUUAUGUUCAUGGGUCUCUUCAUUUGGCUUGGCGGCUUCCAGAACACCUGCUUCCCUUACAUCAUCUUUAACGAGCUCGCUCCAUAUAUGAACCUCUACAAGUUUGAGGGGGUCCUCCUCUUUAGCGUCUUUGUCAUCAUUGGCUCUAACAUAUUCAGUAAUGUCCCACUCGUUAUUCUCAUUGUUCAUCGCAUUGAUGAGCUCUGUGGUGACGUUCAGUGCGAGGGACCUCUUGGCGGCCUUCUUCUGGCCUGGAUCUCGACCAUUGCUGGUAAUUUCACACUCAUUGGUAGCGUAGCUAACCUCAUUGUGGCUGAGAAGGCUCGCAGCUCUGCCGAUUAUCGCCUUACCUUUUGGAACUACAUCAAGUUUGGUUUCAUAUCCACUAUAGUUGUCAUCUACCUUGCUCUGCCUAUUGUGUACUUCCUUGGAAGGGUAGCUUAAGACUGAACAGUCAUUGUUAUUACGAUGUAUGUAGUGCAAAUAAGAACAUUAUUACUUUAGUUCUUACAUGUUUUUUUGCUUUUUUUGUGUUUACUCUGUUCCUUGAUAGUGUAAUUAUUACCUUUGUCUUUAUUAGAAUUAUAUUAUAAAUAGUUUAA